UGGGUAAAUAAAAAAAUAAUUUGAAGUAGAUUAAUUUUGAAGAAAAGCAUACAAGAGAACAAUUAAGAGAGAAAGAUGGGGCUUGGGCCCAACCCAAUCCAUGUCAAAUUCCAAGACACAGCUGUCAUAAUGGUUAGGGACAGGGUUGUGAUUCUCGUCUUUGAAUAUUUGUGUGGGGUAACCCUAACCAAUCACCAGUCAACAACAUGUCUCCUUCCUCUUCAGAUAUGCUUCCUACUGACCUUAAUCCCAAACCUAUCACCGCACUCAAGCCACGCGCCGCCUCCACCAACACUAAAGAUCGUCACACCAAGGUUAACGGCCGCGGCCGCCGCGUGCGGAUGCCCGCCCUCUGCGCCGCCCGCGUGUUCCAGCUCACUCGAGAACUCGGCCACCGCACCGACGGAGAGACCAUCGAGUGGCUCCUCCGCCAGGCCGAGCCUUCCAUCGUCUCCGCCACGGGCACCGGAACCGUCCCCGCCGAGGCCGUCUCCACCUCCUCCGGCCCCCUCCUUCCGUCCCACGAUGCGGCCAUGGCCGGAAGUGGCGUGCUCACUCUACGUGUACCCCCACCUCCGCCUAGCUGCGGCCUGGACCUCUGCCAGCCGCCGCCGCCGAUGGAGUUCAAAUUUAUACCACAAGGGUACGGACACAUGCCAUUCACGGCACUGCUACUGGAGCCGCCCACGGAGGAAAAAGAAAAUCCCACCGAGUUAGGCCGUGACUACUAGUAUGUCUACGGAAGUAAUUACCCAUUAAUUGUCUAUUAGUUACUACUAGAACAUUAGUUUAGAAAUAAUCAGUUCACAACUUAGGUGAAAAUGCCUUCAACUCGUUGAGAGUUAGGCCUUUUGUGUAUUUUGAUGCAAAAAUGAUGGUGUUUUGCCUCA